AUGGAAGCAGAGGCCGAACCCAAUGAGGAACCUACUACUGAAGAACUGAAGGAGAUCAAGGCUCAGGAAGAGACUGGGAGUAUCACCAUGCAUAUCCCUGUGAAGAUGGAGGAGCCCAAAGAACAACCCUCUCCAAACAAUGCCAUCUCUGAAAAGAAGGAAUUGAGGGGAGAUGAGACCGUGGUACUGACCAAGGAAUGCAGCGCCCUGGUCCAAAAGAAGUUACCUCCGAAGAUGCUAGGCCCAAGAAGCUUUCUGAUCCCCUGUACUAUAGGGACCAUCACUUUUGAGAAAGUAUUGUGUGACCUUGGCUCCAGCAUUAACCUUAUGCCUCUCUUUGUGAUGAGGAAGCUGGGAAUCCAAGAGGUGCAACCCACCAGAAUCUCAGUGGAGAUGGCAGAUAAGUCCCUGAAACGGGCAUAUAGCAUGGUAGAAAACAUCCUUGUAAAGGUUGAAGACCUUUACCUCCCUGUGAACUUCGUGAUACUUGACACUGGAGAGGAUAAGGACAACUCCAUCAUCCUUGGACGGCCUUAA